GAUUGGUCGAUAAGAACGCCAAUCAAGCGGCGGGCUGGAUCAAGUUCCCCAGCCGCCUGUGUGUGUGUGCGCUAACUGUGGCUGCAGAGAGGGGAGGCUGCUGCUGUACGGGCAGCGGCUGCGUCAGCUCCGGGCCGCCGGCAACAUGAUGAAGUUUAGGUUCAGGCGGCAGGGCCAUGACCCGCAGAGGGAGAAGAUAAAGCAGGAACUGUUUGCCUUCAACAAGACCGUAGAACAUGGAUUCCCCAACCAGCCGAGCUCACUCGCUUUCGACCCCUUACUCCGAAUUAUGGCGAUUGGAGCAAAAUCGGGAGCUGUUAAAAUAUAUGGCGCCCCAGGCGUGGAGUUUACAGGUUUGCACAAAGACACAGCCACCGUGACCCAGAUGCACUUCUUACCCGGACAGGGUCGCCUCCUUUCUCUGCUGGACGAUAACACCAUGCACCUAUGGGAGCUGCAGCAGAAAGAUGGCAGCUCCCACCUCGAGGAGACCCGCAGCUUCCUCCUUCCUGGCAAGCCAGGGUUCGACUGUGCUAACUCUCCCCCGAGUUUUACACGAGUGACUGUCAUACUGAUAACUGCCUCGUGCGAGGUGGCCGGCCUCGGGACAGAAGGAGGAGGGGUGUACUUUAUCCAGAUCCCCAGUUUAAAAUUGCUGGAGGAGAAGACUUUGCUUCAGGAUGAAAUCGUUAAAAGCCUGCCGGAGGAGUACAGGUGCGGGAAAACUCUAGGACCUGUCGAGUCUUUGCAAGAGCAUCCGUGCCAACGCGGGACGAUCCUGAUUGGCUACAGCCGGGGGCUGGUGGUUUUGUGGGACCAGGAGGGUCGGAAAGUGGAGCAUCUGUUUCUUGGGAACCAGCAGUUGGAGAGUGUCUUCUGGGGGCGCAAGGGGACUUCAUUCAUCAGCUCCCACAGCGACGGAGGGUAUAUGGUAUGGGAAGCGGCUAGUGAUUCCAGCACCACGUCGCAGCCAGUCACCUCUAAAAUACCAUAUGGUCCAUUUCCCUGCAAAGCCAUCAACAAGAUUCAGUGGAGGUCCAGCAGUUCUGGGAACCCAUACAUCAUAUUCAGUGGAGGAAUGCCCCGGGCCAGCUACGGAGACCGUCACUGCGUUACUAUCCUUCAAGGGCAGAACCUGGUUACCCUGGAUUUCACUUCUCGCGUUGUUGACUUCUUUACAGUGUGCCCUCUCAAGAGUGAAGAUGACUCAGACAAUCCCACUGCUCUGGUAGUGCUGGUGGAGGAGGAGCUGGUGGUGAUUGAUCUGCAGACCCCUGGCUGGCCGACCGUUCCCACCCCUUACUUGGCCCCCCUCCAUUCCUCCGCCAUCACCUGCGCCUAUCACAUCUCCAAUGUCACCACCAAGCUGUGGGAGAGGAUCAUCAGCGCGGGGGAACAGCAGAACCCCCAGUUCUCCUCUGUGAACUGGCCAAUAGAUGGAGGAAGGAAUUUAGCGGAGGAACCUGCACAGAGAGGGCUGCUUCUUACAGGGCAUGAAGACGGCACGGUGCGCUUCUGGGACGCCUCCGGCGUGGCGCUGAGACCGCUGUACAAAUUAAGCACGGCUGGGAUCUUUCAGACAGAUUGCGACCACAACGAGAGUUUCAACCAAAGCAACGACGAAGAGUGGCCCCCCUUCCGCAAGGUCGGCUGUUUCGACCCUUACAGCGAUGACCCGCGCCUGGGCAUACAGAAGAUUGCCCUUUGCAAGUACAGCGGCAAGAUGCUGGUGGCUGGCACUGCCGGGCAGGUUCUGGUCAUGGAUCUGAACGACGAGAAGGUGGAGCACACCAUCAACGUGGCCACAGUGGAUCUGUUACAGGAAAGGGAGGGAUUUACGUGGAAGGGCCACGAUAGGCUGACCCCAAGGAAUGGCUCCCUCUUCUUCCAGCCUGGUUUCCAGACCAUCACGUUGGUGCAGUGCAUGCCCCCGGCCGCUGUCACUGCCGUCGCGCUGCAUUCAGAGUGGAACCUGGUGGCGUUUGGCACUAGCCACGGCUUUGGGCUCUUUGAUUAUCACCGGAGGAGCCCUGUGCUUGCCCGGUGCACUCUGCACCCCAAUGACUCGCUCGCUAUGGAGGGUCCCUUAUCCAGGGUGAAGUCCCUGAAGAAGUCCCUACGGCAGUCGUUCCGCAGGAUACGGAAGAGCAGGGUCUCUGGGAAGAAAAGGCCAAACACAGGCAGCCCCCCCAGCAGGCUACAGGAGGCCAACGCUCAGCUGGCGGAACAAGCUGGGCCACAUGACCUUGACAUUGCCCCCGUGCAGAGAAGGAUUGAGCCCCGCUCGGCCGAUGAUUCCCUGUCGGGUGUCGUGCGUUGCUUGUAUUUUGCAGACACUUUCCUACGGGACGCGAUCCAUCACGGCCCCACCAUGUGGGCAGGCACCAAUUCCGGCUCUGUAUUUGCGUACGCUUUAGAGGUGCCUUCGAGGGAGAAGUUAUCGGACCGCUCGGCAGAGGCUGUGUUGGGCAAGGAGAUCCAGCUCAUGCAUCGGGCCCCGGUAGUGUCCAUCGCAGUGCUGGACGGGCGGGGAAACCCCCUGCCUGAGCCCUUUGAGGUUUCCCAGGAUUUGGCCAAAGCCCCGGACAUGCAAGGGACCCACUCGGUGCUCAUCUCUUCCGAGGAACAGUUUAAGGUAUUCACGUUGCCCAAGGUCAGUGCCAAGACAAAGUUUAAGCUGACUGCCCACGAGGGCUGCCGCGUGAGGAAAGUCGCCCUCGCCACCUUCACCAGUGCCACUUCCGACGACUACUCCGAGAACUGUUUGGCGUGCUUGACCAAUCUGGGGGACAUCCACGUGUUCACUGUGCCGGGGCUGCGGCCUCAAGUGCGCUACGACUGCAUACGGAAGGAGGACAUCAGUGGCAUCGCCUCCUGCGUAUUCACCAAGUACGGGCAAGGCUUUUACCUGAUCUCCCCCUCGGAGUUUGAACGCUUUUCUCUGAGUGCCAAGAACAUCACAGAACCCGUGUGUCUGGUGGAGUUUGAUCGGCCCCACGAUCCAUUACACUUCAGCAAUAAGAUGACUCCAUCUCCGAAGGGCAACCAGGCCAAUGGGACGCACAUACUGAGGGACUCUGAAGCGAGCCAGCAGGCAACAGAAGGGAACGGGUGUGAGCGUAUGGCAGAAUUCUCGCCCUCUCCUCUCGACUCGCCGAUGAACAGCAUGGAUACCACUCUGGACACCACGGGAGACAUAACGGUGGAGGACGUGAGGGAUAUACUGGGAUCAACAGAGGAAGCUGAAAAGAACAUGAAGAAUUCCGCAGACGACCCCCUGCCCUCUGAGAUACUGAUUAAAUAAGGGACUAUAGCCUUUCAGAAGCCCCUCCUGUUCCUACUACUGGUUCUUGAUGCUGAUUUUGGACCAUUUCUGGAAGAAGUGAUGUUCUUGGUUGAAUCCACCUGUAGAGGGAAAUGGAUUGUUCCAAGGAGGCCGCAACCGCAGACCAGUUGGCUUUUCUACUAAAUCUAACGAAGUUUCCAUCUGCAGCCCCACCCGUUCCUCUUGCUAUAACCACUGGAGCACCGAUGGGCCUUCCCACGGGCUCUUCUGUCCCUUCACGUCAUGACCUGGACGGUUCUGCUACCAAGAACGACUUUCGGAAACCCCAAGUCUGUCGGUUGAGGGCACCAAAGGCUCACUGAUAUGCAAAGGGCUCAUGGGAUUAUUUUUUUUUGUAUAUUUUAUAGAACACUUGUAGGACAGAUUCUCUUCUCUGCAGCAGAACCCUUUGGUGCUAGAACCCUAGAACUCUGGCAGAGACUCAUUCCUUCUGACCAAACCCCCGUUGGGUUUGCACUUAAGAUGUUGUACAGAAUUCCCGGAGGACUCGCUCGUGGGCGGAGCAAGCCGGCCGGCCAUGAAUAUAAAGACACAUGUUGCACGAAUAAUUCUUUGAGUGCCUUUGGGGUGGGGCAAAGUUAAGGGAACAGCACAAUUAUUCACAGGCAGAUACUGCCCCUCCCAGAAUGCUUCAGUCAUUUGGUUUUUAAUGUUUUUUUUCCCCACAAUGGUGGUUGGUUUCCCCCACCUCGUUUCCAAGACUGGUGAAGAAAAACAAAAAUGGAGCUCUGAUUUACAAUAGGACACGGUUAAACUGCAGUGAUUGGCUGUGGCCAUGAUACAGCCUAGGCCCCUCCCUCGAGGAGCCAUUCCUGAGUAUUCGGAAUGUUUGUAUCUUGCACGUCUGUUUUCUUUUUUUUAUAUCCUUUUGUUACCACUGGGGCCAGAAAGUGUAUUGCACCACUAUAAAACCGUUUCCUACAGAGCUCCGCCCCCAAGAUGGAGGAGUUCUUAUUCCGGCUGUGUCGUUGGGGGUGGGGUUGAAUGCAAACGCUGCCAGUUAUUGUCUUGCCCGCUCUGCUGCAAACGAAAGGCUGAAUAUUAGGCUAGCUGACUCCUGUCUAUGCCCAUCGGGGCCACAGACUGCUUUCUAACACAAACUGUGAUUGGCCGAUUCCUGCUGCACUCUAGGGGGCUCACUCUGAACAUUUAUAGCGACUAUGGCGUGUUUAGAGAUAUUUUUGUAUGUUUCUAAGGCUAUUUUGGUACUUCCCCCCCCCCCCCCCCCUUCUCCCCAUGUAACUCUGUUCCAGGGGGGCGGGGCCAGAAGCAGAGGGUGGGGCUCGCUAACAGUACGGUUUGUCUCUGACAAGUUUAUCUUUGAAGAAUUAUCCAGUUUACAUGGAUUUUAUUUUUCUGUUUAGAAGUUUUUCAUUUUUUUUUUUUUUUUUUUUUUUUGUUAGGGGGUUUUGUUAGGUAAAGAAAAAAUCACUGUUUUAUUAAAAAAAAAAAAGUAAAGAAUAAAGUAUUUACUUGUCCGUCACUUUA